AUGAGCCCUCUCACCCCCCAUUGGCAUCAGCCCUCCCACCCGGCCAUUCAGCGGGUCGUCAUCAACAGCGCCGAAUUCACCUCCAAGAGCCUGUCCAAGGUGGCCCUGCCGCCCUUUGCUGUCUAUGCCAAGCUCGACUUUCCUCCCUGCACUGUGGCCCAGGACCCUACCUAUGCCACGGUGCAGAUCGGCAAGCAUAGCCACUUGAACCUCAACAGCGACCUGUUGUACAUCAAUCACUCGUGUGAGCCAUCUCUUAUUUUUGACACGGCAAGCAUGAACAUCCUCGUUGGGCCACGAGGUCUCCAGCCAGGUGAUGAGUUGACGUUCUUCUACCCUUCUACAGAAUGGCACAUGGCCCAGCCCUUCACCUGUCUUUGCGGCCACGCCUCCUGCCGCGGCACCAUCUCCGGCGCCAAGGACAUGCCCCCCCAGCAGCUGCAGGGCGUCUGGCUGAACGAACACAUUCGCGAGCUCCUCGACGACGAGCAGCGCGGCGCCCACUCCUCCCCUGCUGCUGCUGAUCCUACCGCCCAGGCGCUGGCGGCUGCCCUGCUCCAGGCGGAAAAGGUCGUUGAAGUCACUCGCCUGGCUUUGCGCACCUAUGCGAGCACAUUGUCGCCUCGACACAGCCCCGGCUUGCUCCCAAACGGCAAGGCCAAUGGCUUCGCGGCCAGCAACGACCUCGCUGCCGCAGAGGGCCUGAACAGACGGGGUCCCACUUCCAGGGAGCUGAGCGGCGAGAUGGGUGGUGACACUGUCGGUCUGUAG